AUGUUGCUUGAAAAUAUGCAACACGGUGGACAAAUGAUGUGGAUGUGGUUUCACACGCACAUCAACGACACACUUCUCUUCAAGAAUUGGUGGAUUCGUGACGUUGGAAGUACGAUACUUUGUUUCGUCGUAAUCUCUCAAGCCUUCCAAAUAUGUAUUCUUUCCUCUUUUUACUUGAAGAGAAUUCUCGCUUUUCACCGAACUAAGGAAGAAACAUGGUGCUCGCACUUAUUGAACUCCUCGCACUACAAGCAUGUGCUGCUCCACGUCUUCCAUGCUGUCGUCGCAUACACUUUGAUGCUGGUUUUCAUGACAUUUUCUGUCUGGUUGUGUAUUUCGCUCUGUUUAGGCCUGGCAACCGGCCACUUUCUGUUUGGAAAUAGGCGUUUCACAGUUGUUCCAUAA